CAUAAACAGAAGGACGAAAAUGGAAGCCCAAACCCUUAUUUUCUCCGUCCUCUUCCUCGUUUUCUCCCUCGGAUUUCUCCUCAGACGGAAUAAUCGGAAAUUGAAUCUGCCUCCCUCUCCGGCGAAAUCGCUGCCGGUGAUCGGACACCUCCGCCUCCUGAAGCCGCCGCUCCACCGCAAUUUCUUCUCCCUGUCCGAAUCCCUAGGCGGAGCACCGAUCUUCUCCCUCCGCCUCGGCAACCGCCUCGUCUUCGUCGUCUCCUCCAAUUCAAUCGCCGCCGAGGAAUGCUUCGCGAAGAACGACGUCGUGUUAGCGAACAGGCCCGAUUUCAUCGUCGCCAAACACGUGGCGUACGAUUGCACCACCAUGAUCGCGGCGCCGUACGGCGAUCACUGGCGGAAUCUCCGCCGCAUCGGCGCCGUCGAGAUACUCUCUUCCCACCGGCUUAAUAGCUUCUUGAAUAUCCGUAAGGAUGAGAUCCGACGGCUCAUAUUGCGUCUCUCCCACAAUUCUUCACAAGAAUUUGCAAAGGUGGAGAUGAAAUCCAUGUUUAUGGACUUAACCUUCAACAAUAUCAUCAGAAUGAUGACUGGAAAACGUUACUACGGCGGCGGCGUAGAGGACAACGAUGAGGCCGAACACGUGAGGCAGCUGGUCGCCGAGGUUGUCGGAAGCGCCGGCGCCGGAAACGCCGCCGACUAUUUACCGGUUAUGCGUUGGGUCACCGAUUACGAGAAACGGGUCAAGAAGCUGGCGGGUCGGAUCGACGAGUUCUUGCAAGGGUUGGUCGACCAGAAACGUGGGGAGAAGGAGAAGGAAAAGGGUAACACCAUGAUCAAUCACUUGCUUUCUCUCCAAGAAUCCCAACCCGAUUACUACGCUGAUCAAACCAUCAAAGGAAUUAUUCUCGCUAUGAUACUGGCUGGGACAGAUACAUCGGCCGUGACAUUGGAAUGGGCAUUGUCGAACUUGUUGAAUCAUCCAGAGAUAUUGCGAAAGGCAAGAGCCGAAAUCGAUGAAAAAGUCGGGUCGGACCGGCUAAUGGAUGAACACGACAUCUCAAACCUACCGUAUCUCCAAAACGUAAUACACGAAACAUUGAGACUCUAUCCAACACUUCCAAUGCUGCUUCCUCACAGGUCGUCGCAAGACUGUAAGAUAGCAGGCUACGACAUGCCACGUGGCACGAUCUUACUGGUGAACGUGUGGGCGAUCCACAGAGAUCCAAAGCUGUGGGAGGAUCCAACCAGUUUUAAGCCGGAGAGGUUCGAGAAGGAAGGGGAGGCACAGAAGCUGAUGGCUUUCGGGGUGGGACGAAGGGCGUGUCCAGGGUCAGGACUGGCUCAGCGGCUAGUGAGUCUGGCUCUGGGCUCUUUGGUUCAGUGUUUCGAGUGGGAGAGGAUUGGUGGAGAGCCAGUGGAUAUGGCCGAAGGCAAAGGAGCAACCAUGCCCAAAGCGACGCCGUUGCAAGCCAUGUGCAGAUCACGUGCCAUUGUCGGAAAAAUUCUAGACGGCAGUGUUUGAUGAUGUUCUUGUUUUCUCAAGUAGUGUGUUAUAGGUAUCACGUGUUUGAUAAGGGGUUAUGUCUUUUAUGUUCAUGAGAGUUCUUGAUGUAUUAUCCAAUAACCAAUAGACUGAAAUUAUUAUGAUGA